AUUUUAAACGCGUUUAUUUAAUGUCCCAGUGCGCUUGCCGUAGUCAGAUGAAAGCCCAAUGUUUUCAAGAUGACUGGCAAUAAAAGCAGAGGUCAUAACUUCAUGAGACUGGCACUGCUGACUCUUCUCUUCAUCAGCUGUUUUCUGCAGUCUCACUCUAGACCUCACAAUUAUGACAGCAAACCCCUUUCAGAGAUAUCCAGAGAGAUUUCUAAGUACUCUGACAUUGCUCAGCAAAUCAUAGAUCUAGCAGUUUAUGGUAGAGCCCAGAAUCGUUCCUUUGAGAGACUGGCUAAUUUCACUGACACUAUUGGACACAGAGUCAGUGGCUCGGAAAAUCUGGACCUGGCCAUUAAGUACAUGUACAAUGCCCUGACACAGGACGGACUGGAGAAUGUGCAUCUAGAACCGGUGAAGAUCCCUCACUGGGUGCGGGGGGAGGAGUGCGCAGUAAUGCUUCUACCAAGAAACCACACUCUAGCCAUACUAGGGCUGGGUAGUAGUGUAGGAACUCCAUCUGGAGGUAUAGAGGCAGAGGUAAUGGUGGUGGACUCGUUUGAAGAGCUGAAGAAAAGAGCGAGUGAGGCUAAAGGGAAAAUUGUUGUGUAUAACCAGCCAUUUGUCAGCUAUGGGGAGACUGUAGCCUAUCGAAUUUCAGGGGCUUCAGAGGCAGCUAAAUUUGGAGCUGUUGCCUCUCUUAUCCGUUCAGUCACUCCAUUCUCCAUCAACAGCCCCCACACAGGCUGGCAGUGGUACCAGCCUGGAGUGCCUCAGAUCCCCACAGCCUGCAUCACUGUUGAGGAUGCCCAGAUGAUGAGCAGGAUGACCCGCAGAGGCCAGAGGAUAGUGGUGCGUCUGACUAUGGGGGCCCAGACACUGCCAGAUGUUGACUCUUUCAACACUGUGGCUGAAAUCACAGGCAGUAAGCAUCCUGAACAGGUGGUGUUACUUAGUGGACACCUGGACAGUUGGGAUGUGGGACAGGGAGCUAUGGAUGAUGGAGGCGGGGUCGCUAUCUCGUGGGAGGCACUUUCUCUAAUCAGAGAAUUAGGGCUGCGUCCCAAAAGAACUCUGAGGACAGUGCUGUGGUCUGCAGAGGAGCCAGGCGGAGUGGGAGCUGCUCAGUACUUCCAGCAGCACAAAGCAAACAUCUCAAACUUUGACCUUGUAAUGGAGUCGGAUUUGGGCACUUUCAGCCCCCUGGGACUGCAGUUUAGUGGCAAUGACAGAGCUCGGGUAAUCAUGAAGGAGGUGAUGAAACUAUUGGCCCCCAUCAAUGUCACCUCGCUUGAGGAGCACGGAGAGGGAACUGACAUUAACAUGUGGAUGCAGGCUGGGGUACCAGGUACCAGCCUGCACACUGCAGACCAGAGAUACUUCUGGUUCCACCACAGUGAAGGGGAUACGAUGAGCAUCCAGAACCCAAAGGAGAUGAACCUGUGUUCUGCUCUGUGGGCUGUAGUGGCCUACGUGGUGGCUGACCUGGAGGAGAUGCUCCCCAGAUAGUAAGUCACUUAAAAAAAUGGCAGAACAAACCACUCUCAGUCAGCUGUUUUUGCAAUUUGACUUUUUAACCUCAAAUGCCUUCCUCAUCAUGCCAUUAUCAUGCAUGUACUGUAUAUACUACUGUUUUAUUUCUUUUUUAAUGUUCUUGUUUUAUUUUCUGUUGUGUAUUUUCUUUUAUACUGUAAAAGAAAGGCAGCGAUCUAAAUCUAUGAUUUAAGAUAGGAUUCAAGCAGAUUAUGCUGUAAAAUAAAUGUAUGUAAAAUACUAUGAAUAAAGCACUGCUUAGUCACUCUUACAGUCAUCUAAGGCUAUUAUUAAGUUGAGGAAUCUUUGCUUGGUUUCACAAUUUCAUGUAAACAGCAAUAAACAGAGUGAUGCUCCUAUGCUGUCAUAUUCCACUAAAAUUUCACUGAAUAAGAAUUAGUCAUCAGAGCUACAUGACUUCCCCAUGGAAACUAAGAGCCCUGUUCCUCUUUCCUAAAAAGCAAACAUGUGAUCAUGAGGUAAUGGAUAUGCCAUAACCCAUGUUUUUACAGAAGAAUAUAUCAAGCAAUUGUUCAGAUUUGAAAGCACCAUGCUAGGAUUUGUCUUCAUUACAGUAAUGUUAUACAGCUCCAUCAUAUUAAAGUGGAAAAAUCCUGCUAUUAGUCUUGUUUUUCAUCAGUUACAAUCAAAAAGUGCUUUCAGAUAAAUGAAUUGUGAUUAACUGGUUUCAAAACUAAACGUAAU